GAGCAACGUUCAUCUGAAUGUUGUACGAAGUGUGUUCGCGAACUCGUGAGGUGCGUGCAGAAAACUCCGGUUGUUUGUGUUUGUGUUCAGUAAAAUUAAGGAUAUUUCUUAAUUGUCGGAUUAUGUCCAACUGUUAGAAACAACAGAUGAAGAAGUUUACCUUCAACCUAGACGAUAUGCCAACCUUGACGCACCGAAGUAAGUUAAAGAUGCAAUGGCGAUGAGCUGAGAAGAUGUCUCAUAGCGCUAUCGCCUGUUCCCUCCUGGUGGUCGUGCUUACCCAGGUUGUGUCAGAAGGGGCGUUCAGCACCGAAGUCGACUUCCGCUUUUCGAAACCAUUGUACAAUGUCAGCAUUCCGGAGAACAGCGUGGCGAAAACGUACGCAACCCAAGCACCUGGUGCUGAGCGUAUGGGCAUCCACGUGCGGUCGAAUACGCUUAGCGACAUACGAUAUAAGAUAGUAGACGGCGAUCGUGACAAAUUCUUCAAAGCCGAAGAUAGACUUGUAGGUGAUUUCUGUUUUCUGUUUAUAAGGACUCGAACCGGUAAUAAUGAUGUCCUCAAUCGCGAGCGAAAAGACAAAUACGUUUUGCAAGUGCGCGCCACUGCCACGAAACGCGACGGUAAACAAAAGGUGUUUUACACAACGGACGCCACUGUCGUGGUCACGGUUUUAGAUACUAACGAUCUCAAUCCCUUGUUUUAUCCAACGGAGUAUAAUGCCACGGUCUUCGAGGACACGCCCAUUCAUCAGAGCAUCCUGAAAGUAGUGGCCGAGGACGCCGAUCUGGGCCGAAAUGGGGAGAUUUAUUAUAGUUUUGCUGAGGAAACCGACAAGUUCGCAAUUCACCCGAUGUCCGGCGUUAUUUCUCUAAGUAGACCGUUGAGAUACAACGAGGGCACAUAUCACGAACUUACGGUGCUGGGCCAAGACCGGGGGGCGGUUUUCCGACACGGCUCCGGGAUGGUCAGUAAAGCUAAAGUCCGGAUACGAGUUAAGAAAGUCAAUUUUUUUGCACCUGAAAUCCGGAUUAGACAUCACCCUCAAAUUGUCGAAAACUCCAAUGCCGAUAUCUACGCUAUAGUCAAUGUUUCAGAUAAAGACAGUGGUAUUCACGGCGAAAUUAAGAGUUUAGAAAUUGUAGAUGGGGACCCCGAUGGCCACUUUCGUAUCCGUCCAACGAAACAAAAAGGUGAAUUUAAUAUAGAAGUGUUGAAGUUACUUGAUAGGGAGAGCACUCCUCAAGGAUAUACCCUGAAAUUGCGAGCUGUAGACCGCGGAGUUCCACCGAGAGAGAGUUAUAAGUCUGUUCCCGUCCACUUGACGGAUCUAAAUGACAACGCACCCGUAUUUAACAAAGAGAUAUACGAGGUUAAAGUCCCGGAAAUCGCCCCUGUUAAUACUCCUUUAAUAAGACUGAAAGUUACCGAUGCCGAUGAGGGACGAAACGCUCAAGUGUUUUUAGAAAUUGUUGGAGGAAACGAAGGUGGCGAAUUUAAUAUUAAUCCCGAAACGGGAAUGUUGUAUACUGCUGUUCCUUUAGAUGCCGAAAGUAAACAAUUUUACAGCCUUACUGUUUCUGCAAUCGAUCAAGGAAAUGCAGGGACACGAAAACAGUCUUCCGCUAAAGUUAAAAUCUACGUGGAAGACACCAAUGAUAACGAUCCAAUUUUUGAUGAGUCUGAAAAGAUAGUACCGAUAGAUGAGAAUUUGCCAGCUGGUACUUCUGUUACGACAGUCCACGCUAAAGAUCGGGAUCGUGGCGAAAACGCUUACAUUUCGUACUUGAUCGCUAAUAUAAAUAAAGUACCGUUUGAAAUUGACCACUUCUCGGGCAUUAUUAAAACAACAUCUUUGCUCGAUUACGAAAGCAUGCGUCGCGAGUACGUGCUGAGAGUCCGAGCGUCUGAUUGGGGUUUGCCAUACCGUCGCCAGACCGAAAUGCAAUUAACCGUUAAAGUUCAAGACAUAAACGACAACCGACCUCAGUUUGAAAAAGUCGACUGUAUUGGCGUUAUUUCCCGUUCCAUCUCAAUAGGCUCCGAAAUCAUCACAUUGUCAGCUAUCGAUUUCGACUCGGGCAACAUUAUUAGCUACCGAAUCGUCUCAGGAAAUGAAGACGGCUGCUUCAGUAUUGACACCACUUCUGGCACUAUAACAGUAAGUUGUGACUUAAACGAUAUUAGAGUCUCCGAGAGGGAAAUUAAUGUGACUGCAACGGAUGGCACGCACUUUGCCGAUAUAGCUCGAGUACACUUUAAACUUGUUAAUACGAAACGAAAUUCGAUGGCUACUGGAAGACUGCUAAGUGACGAUACGGGUGCUUUUGAGUGCAAGGACACGGGAGUUGCCAGAAGGUUAACGGAAGUGUUAGCCGCGGCUGAGAAUAAUAAUAAACCACCAACUGAAGAAGAAUUUCCAAUGAUGCCUACACGGUACGGUCAAAACCUAAAAUCGCCUGAAUUUAUCGAUUUCCCUGCUGAAAUCAAAGUUAACGAAUCGGUGGCUCUCGGAACAACUCUAGUCAAACUUAAAGCGCGAGAUAGGGAUUUGGGAUACAACGGCAAACUUAUUUACGGUAUUUCAGGAGGAGACAAACAUUCACAGUUUUGCGUAGACAUGGAUACCGGUGAGUUGAAAGUAAUUGGAUAUCUUGAUCGAGAGCGCGACAGUGAAUAUUUUUUAAAUAUUACACUGUACGACCUGGGGAAACCUCAAAAAUCAGCGUCGAGGAUGCUUCCAAUUACCGUUCUUGACGUUAACGACAACGCUCCUGUUUUCGAGCGCUCUUUGGCCAGUUUCCGUGUAACUGAAAACGCGUUAAACGGAACGGCAAUCUUCAGAGCUAACGCAACAGAUGCAGAUGCUGGUGAUAACGCUAAAGUGACUUAUUCUUUGAUCACCGAUACUCGAGAUUUUUCGGUUGAUCGAGUGACCGGUGUUUUGACCGUAUCGAACACUUUGGACAGGGAGCGACAAGACCUCUACGAACUGCGAAUCCGCGCCACCGACAGCGGCGGCAAAGGCCCGGAUAAUCCACCUUUGUAUUCCGAAGCCUUGGUCCGAAUAUCAAUCGACGAUAUCAACGACAAUGCCCCCAAAUUCAGUUUACCCUCUUACACCGUCAAGAUACGGGAGGAUAUUCCAAAAGGAAGCGUCGUUGCUGUGGUUACAGCGUCGGACCCGGACCUCGGCACCGACGGCGAAGUGGUUUAUUUCUUAGAAGACAGCGAUAGUGACGGAACAUUUAAAAUCGAUCGUUUAUCGGGGACUAUUCGGACCACAAAGCCGCUCGAUUUCGAGGAGCGACAAGUGCACAGUCUGAUCGCUUUCGCCAGUGACAAGGGCAACCCCUCGUUGUCGUCCGAAGCGAGUGUGACGAUAUACGUGGUGGAUGUUAAUGAGAAUAUGCACGCACCGCAGUUUAGUGAUAUGGUGUUGAACGGAACGGUAAAGGAAAAUCAGCCGAUGGGGACGGUCGUGAUGCAGGUCAAUGCGACCGAUGUCGAUCCGCCAGGGGGUGAUAGUAAUAUCGAGUACAGCAUCAGAGGGGGAGACGGCAUCGGGAUCUUCUCAAUCGAUAAUGAAGGAAUCAUCAGGACUUUAGCUGUCCUUGACAUCGAGACGAAAAGUCAUUUUUGGCUCACUGUUUUCGCACAGGAUCAUGGAGUUGUCCCUUUGUACUCCAGUGUUGAGGUAUACAUAGAAGUUCUAAAUGAAAACGACAACGUUCCACUAAGUGAUGAAGCGGUUUACUAUCCUACAAUCCUUGAAGAUAGUCCAGCCGGAAGCUCGGUCCUUCAAAUACGAGCCAGCGACAAGGACAAGGACCCUAAUCAGAAAAUAACAUACAAAAUUACUUCGGGAAGUCCAGAGAGGUUCUUUUCCAUAAAUUCUUCAACAGGUCUUAUCACAACAACUUCAAGGAAACUAGACAGAGAGACUCUCGACGAGCACAUUUUAGAGGUUCAAAUAAGUGAUAAUGGGAGUCCUCCAUUGUCGUCAACGACAUACGUUUUUGUCAAAAUCGACGAUAUCAACGACAACGCGCCGGAAUUCGAGCAGAUUUCUUACAACGUUCAAAUACCUGCGAGCGCCGAUUUCAAUCAAGCUGUCUUUCAGAAUGACAGCCCAGAUGAUUUCGACGGCGCCGACGCCGCUACUGACGAUGAUAUGUGGGAUUCACAUAGUCCUGCAGAUCUUGCAGACCUCGAUCGGGUUUUCCGGGUUCUAGCUUUUGAUCGAGACUCCGGUCCAAACUCCGAGCUCCACUACAGCAUAAAAUCGGGCAAAGGCAAAUCAAAAUUUAAAAUAGACAAUACAACCGGAAUGGUAUACGCGCAGAAGGGUUUCGAGCCCAAUCAAGAAUACGAGUUAAACAUAAAAGCAACCGACGGUGGAAACACCUCAAAGAGCAGCAUCUGUAAAGUGUCGGUUCACGUUAUUUCAGUGCCUUUAAAAUCGAAACAUCCUCCUGUUAUUCUGAAGCCUCCUCAAGCCGUCAAGUUGACGGAAGGUGACGAAAUCGGCUUUUUAGUUGCCUUAAUCGAAGCUCACGACAAAGAUAACGACACUUUGUGGUAUGAUAUCGUUGGUGGCGACCCCGGAAACGACUUUUACAUUGGCAAAGAGACCGGAAAUAUCCUCUUAGCACAAAAGCUCGACUACGAAACUCAGAACGAGUACAGUCUCAAUAUAAGCGUCAGCGAUUCUGUACACACUGUUUACACGCAGUUGAAUGUAUCAGUAAUUGAUAUAAACGACCACAGGCCUGAAUUUUCUGAAUCAACAUACAAAGUUGAAAUUUCUGAAGCCGUGCCUGUGAACACAGAAAUCCUCCGGUUACGAGCCUCCGACAAAGAUGAUGAUAGCAAGCUCAUAUACAGUCUGUACUCGGCUCGAAACAUAAUCUCGUUACAAACAUUUAAAGUUGAUUCCAUUACUGGAGUCAUCUAUUUAACCGAUAAUUUAGAUCGGGAGAGCUUAGACGAGCAUAUUUUGACCGUUAUGGUCCGAGAUGGGGGAACCCCAGCCAAGAGAAAUUACGCCAGGGUCAGAAUUAUCGUACACGAUCACAACGAUCAUGUGCCACACUUUUCAGAGCAAAUUUUAGUCGGGAAAGUGUACGAAUCGGCCGUGGUCGGAAGUGCAGUACUGCGAGCUUUUGCCGUCGACCAUGAUAAGGGCGAAAAUGCCCGAAUUACCUAUUCCAUAGUGUCCGGUAACUUCGGGAAUGUUUUCGCCAUUGAUCCUGAGCUUGGCAUAAUAUCAGUGGCUCGCGAAUUGGAUAUGACAACAAAUUCGGAGUAUAUGCUCAGAAUCAAGGCUGUAGAUCACGGCCAACCGGCCUUAUUUUCAACGGUACCAGCCCAUAUUAUGCUAACAAUGGCCGAUAAUGCCCCUCCACGGUUCACAAGGAAGGAGAUAGCUGCAGAAAUUUACGAAGAUCAGCCUUUGGGUAGUUACGUAGCUCACUUGAGUGUAAGAAGUACCUCAUCACUACAGUUUGAAAUUAUUGAUGGUAACACUGAUGGUGCUUUCCUCAUCAGUCCAAGUACCGGUGUUAUCACAACGCAAAAGUACUUAGACUACGAAAUUAACAAGUUUUACAACCUAACUGUAAUAACCACAAAUAUGGCUUCUGCUUCUGCCACUUGUAACGUUAUCAUCCACAUUUUGGAUAAGAAUGAUAACGUUCCGAGGUUCCUACAGGCGAAUUAUUCUGGUACUAUUAGUGAAGCGGCUCCCAUAAGUUCGUUGAUAUUAACAAACACGAGUGAACCUCUAGUCAUUAAAGCCUUUGAUGCUGAUUCAGAAAUGAAUGCGCUUUUGCAUUACGAUAUUAUCGAUAUUUUGCCAAGAAGGUACUUCCAAAUUGAUUCGACAACUGGUGCUAUUCGAACGAUUCGACUCUUGGACCAUGAAACCUAUGACAAGUUCACGUUUCAUGUGCAAGUUUCUGAUUUAGGGAAUCCGAAAUUAACAUCAGAAACGACUGCAAGAGUUGACAUUGUUGUUACCGAUGUUAACGAUUGUCCUCCUAAAUUCUCACAAUCUGUAUACAACGUCACUUUACUUCUUCCAACAUACAAAAACGUAGCUGUCAUCCAAGUCAAUGCUACAGACCCCGAUAGUUCCGAAAGUACUAAAUUGAGGUUUGAUAUAAUCGAAGGUAACAAACUCGGGAUUUUUGGUAUCGAUUCCUCGACUGGUCUAAUAACGGUCCUGCAACCUGACAACAUGAAACAUUUCUACAAACUACACGUCCGUGUUUCUGAUGGAAAGUUUUCAAGUGUGACCAAAGUUUUGAUUCGUGUGGAAGAAUCGGAUAAUUCUGGUCUUGUCUUCCAGAAGCCUCUCUACGAAGGGUCAAUCAUCGAAAAUUCAACCAAAAUAACAACAGUUUGUGUAGUGAACGUUCUCGGGAGUGCCUUAAACGAAUAUUUAGAAUUUAAAAUUCUCAAUCCGACGAAAAUGUUUACGAUCGGGCUUACCUCUGGCGUGAUUCGGACAACCGGAAUAAAGUUCGAUCGAGAGGUUCAAGAUAAAUACGAGCUUAUUAUCGAAGCACGUAGUCAUUAUUCCGAUCGGGAGAAGCCUCGAGUUGCUCACGUUAUUGUUAAAGUGACAAUAUUGGACGUUAACGAUAAUUGUCCAAUGUUUGUGAAUUUGCCCUACUACGCCGUCGUUUCCGUCGAUGAUGAAAAGGGAAGUAUCAUCGCAAAAGUGCACGCUAUAGAUUUAGACAGUGCAGAAAACGGCGAAGUUCGUUACGAACUAAUCAAGGGCCACGGCGAAUUGUUCAAGGUUCAAAGGGAGAGCGGCGAUAUUGAAAUCAAACAGAAUUUGGAAGGCCACAAUAGGGAAUACGAGCUGUUGAUUGCAGCUUACGAUAAAGGAAUCACACCUUGUCGCACCGACGUGACCGUUCAUGUAAAAGUGAUUGAUCGGUCAAUGCCAGUGUUUAAAAAACAGUUUUAUUCAGAAGUGGUGCCCGAAAAUGUUGAACUGCAUUCACCCCUUUCGAUUUCCAUCGAAGCCGAAUCGCCGCUAUCGAGAAAACUGAUUUACAGUAUCGUCAAAGGGAACGAACUCGAGGAAUUUGCGCUGGAUUUUAACACAGCCCCCGACAGUAACAAUGGUCCCUGUGUUAUUUCGGUCGUGGACGAACUCGACUUCGAACAACAACCACAAUACGAGCUUCUAAUUCGUGCCACUGAUUCAGUUUCUGGUGUUUAUGCCGAAGUUCCCGUUUCAAUAGUGUUACAAGACGUCAACGAUUGUCCUCCAGAAUUCACUCAAGAGAAUUAUAAUGUGUCGAUAUCGGAAGCAGCACAGUUCGGUACUCCCGUUCUCACAGUCAUCGCGAACGAUAACGAUACUGGAAUUAACAAGAAAAUCAGUUAUUCGAUUCAAAACGACAGUAACAACUCAAGCGAAUAUUUUUACAUCGAUGAAAACGAAGGAGUGGUUUAUUUGAAACAAUCUCUAGACCAUGAGGAAGCAAGUUCGCAUCAUUUUAUUGUCGUAGCUAAAGAUUUAGGCGUUCCGAGUCUCUCAAGCACUGCACAUGUUUGGCUUACAGUUUUGGACAUGAACGACAACCCUCCAAAAUUCGAGCAAACUUCAUACAGCUGUUGUCUUUUAAUAAACGCAAAUAGAGACCAAUUUGUCACAAUCGUGAAAGCAAGUGACCCUGACGAAGUUGAUCAGAACAGUCUUCGUUAUACCAUCGUUGCUGGAAACGAACAACAAACGUUCUCGAUGAAUCCGGAAACUGGAAUAAUCACACUAACGAACUUGGCGAAUUUCGGGAAUGAAAAUACAAUGAUACUGAACGUUUCCGUCUCUGAUGGUGUUUAUACAAAUUUUGCAAGAUUGAAAGUGGAGCUCUUACCGGCGAAUUUACAUGAACCGAAAUUCGACAAAUUUAUAGUCGAUGUUCAAGUGCCGGAAAAUCAACCAAGUGGUUUUCCGGUGACGGUGGUCAAAGCAACAGAUAAGGAUUUUGGAGAGUUUGGCACAGUGACCUAUUCGAUUCACUCGGAACUUUUAAGUGAAAUUUUCAAAAUUGACAAAACCACAGGGAAAUUAACGACGAAAGUUCGACUUGACCGAGAAAAACAGAAGAUGUAUGAGGUUUUAAUUAUGGCAACUGAUGGCGGUGGAAAAUCAGGUUUUAUCACAGUGCGAAUCAAAGUCGCUGACGAGAAUGACAACGCUCCUUAUUUCCUCCUCAAAGAGUACCAAACCAGCAUUCAUUACAAUUAUAGUCUCAAUGUUCCGUUUUUGAGAGUUAAAGCUGUAGACCCUGACGAGGGGCUUGCGGCCCAAAUCAAAUACCAAAUUUACGAGAAAAAAACCUCUGAGGUUAUAGAAAUUUUCCAAAUUAACCCGGACACGGGCGACCUCUUGCUGAAAAGAGACACAACUUCGUGGAUUGGUGAAGUAUUUCAGUUUUUUGUCAGAGCAACUGACAAAGGCCAACAAGAAAAACAUUCGGACGUUCCAGUCAAUAUUUUAAUAAUGGGACCAAAAGACUUUCCUCCUGUUUUCGAAAGGAAAGACGAGAAGUAUUUCCUAUCAGAAAAUUCUCCUGCCGGGACCAUCAUUACGAAAUUAAAAAUGGCAUCAAACGUGAGCGCCACGUAUCAAAUCAUCUCGGAACUUGACGAAAAGCCUCAGUUUGAAAUCGACAAUCAGGGUCAAGUUAUCUUGGCCAAACCUCUCGAUUAUGAGACACAAGACUCGCACCUAAUUGGUAUUUUGGCCCUGUCGGAUUCAAGUCCACCAAUGACGGCUCUAGCUGAAGUAACAUUGAAAGUUCUAGAUGAAAAUGACCACGCUCCUCAGUUCGAAAGUAGUCCUUAUAUUAUCUAUCUGGCCGAAAAUACGGAAGAAGGGACUUCGAUUUUGAAAGUUGUGGCCCACGACGAGGAUCAAGGUGCCAACAGUGAAGUCCGGUAUAGUUUCAGCCAUGAUUUAGGCGACAUGAUGAAUAUUUUUGCCAUCGAUUCUCACACUGGCUGGAUUAGUACUUUGGUUAAACUCGAUAAAGAGGCCAAAAUGGAGUACAAGUUUUACGUAACUGCGACUGAUAAUGGCACUCCGAAACACUCAGCAAGGACUACAGUGAUAAUUCGUUUGAAAGACUACAAUGACAGUCCAACACUGUUCAAGAAACGAUUUUACGAAAGUUCAGUUAAUGAAGACGCUCUUCCUGGGACAGUACUCUUAACUUUGGACACAGUUGAUGCUGAUAGUGAUUUGACAACUCCGGUUGAGUUUUAUAUAAUUUCGGGUGACCCAAGCUCGCAGUUUCAAAUACGCCAAACUGGGGAAAUAUACGUUGCUAAAGGCCUCGAUCGGGAGAAAGUACCACAUUAUGACUUGCAAGUUCUCGUGACUGAUGGUAUGUUCACGGAUGUUACCAAUGUUUCCAUCAGUAUUCUGGACGCUAAUGACAAUCCACCAUAUUGUCUUCAGUACCGCUACAGACAGGUACUCUCCGAGGGUAUUUUACCCGGAUCAUUUGUUUUGUCAGUGCUGGCAACUGAUAAUGAUGGUCCUGAGCAUUCGAAACUGAGAUAUAUUUUAUCUGGCGACGGUAUGGAUAAUUUCCUAUUGGAUAAAGACAGCGGCCAUCUUAAAACUGUAACUUACUUGGAUCGAGAGAAGCAAUCAAAAUAUACUUUAACGGCAUAUGUCCAUGAUAAGGAAAGGUUAAGUUGGAAGUGUUCGUCACAAAUUGAAUUAAUCAUUUCUGAUCUUAAUGACAAUCCGCCGGUGUUUUUGUUACCUUUUUAUUCCGUGUCUUUACCUGAAGAUGUCGAAGUUGGGACUUUAGUCACGAAAAUCCACGCCACUGAUGCCGACAUUGGUAUAAACAGGAAAAUCAAAUACGCAUUUAUUGAUUCAUUCAACAAUCAUUUUAAAAUGUCAUCUGAUAGUGGUAUAGUGACUCUAGCUAAGCCUUUAGACCGUGAAAUCCGCGCCGUUUACAACUUGACAGUUCAAGCUGUGGAUCAGGGGACUCCCCAAUUGUCUAGCGUGAGCACCUUGACAGUGAACGUUCAAGACAUAAACGACAAUCCCCCGGAAUUCGCCAACAAAUAUUACUUCGCGGUCGUACCGGAAAUCGAUGCUGUGGGUACGGAAGUCGUUAAAGUUCUUGCAACAAGUAAAGACACCGGUGUGAACGCCGAUGUCACUUAUUCAAUAAUCGGAGGAAACGAGCACAAGAAAUUUGCAAUUAACAACAAGACGGGCGUUAUAUCGAUCGCCGAUAUGUUAGACUACGAGAGGGCCAAAGACUAUUUCCUUACUAUUCAAGCCGUCGACGGAGGAAUCCCACCUCUCAGUAACGUCGCAACGGUGAAUAUCACUGUAACGGAUUGUAACGAUAAUGCUCCAGUCUUCAGCCAGCUGUCCUACAGCGCCCGGAUUCGAGAAGAUGCUCAAAUUGGCGAUAAGAUCCUCCAGGUGAUCGCCACCGAUCUCGACAGCGACCGCAACGGCAAAGUCACUUAUUCCAUAAUUCGUGGCGACGAUCGCGAACAAUUUGAGGUCGAUCCAGAUUCCGGAUACAUUUCAGUCGCUGAAGAACUUGACCGAGAAACUACAUCUAACUAUGUCCUCGAAGUUUUGGCGAGAGACAACGGAGUUCCGGUACUCUCCCGCCAAACUUUAGUCAACAUUGAAAUUUCGGACGCCAAUGAUAACCCUCCUAUUUUCUCCCAAACGAACUAUACUACAGUCAUUCAAGAAGACAAACCGAUUGGUUAUCCCAUCAUCCAGUUUAAAAUCACCGACGCGGACACGGCUCCAAACACGGAACCUUAUACUUUCGAUAUCCGGCGUGGCAACGAGGGGAAUAGUUUCCGUUUAGAGGAAGACGGGGUACUUCGAACCGCCACAAAAUUCAGUCACAAGAUCCAAGAUUACUAUUUGUUGCAAAUUAGAGUGUUUGAUAAUGGCAUACCGCCGCUAUUUUCCGAUGCUUGGGUCGUGGUUAAGGUCAUCGAAGAGUCGCAGUAUCCUCCAAUUAUCACUCCGCUUGAAAUCAACAUUAAUUCGUACUUGGAUGAAUACCCUGGAGGUGUCAUUGGGAAAGUUUAUGCCAACGAUCAAGACCAGUACGACACUUUAACAUACUCUCUAUCACCAACAGUGGGUAUUGCGUAUCCGACACAUGAGUUGUUCCAAAUUAACCGAACCGAUGGUACUUUAACCGCGUUACCACGACUCGACGUUGGUGAUUAUAGACUCAACGUAACCGUGACUGAUGGCAAAUUCCACACACAUUCGAUCGUCAAAAUCAACAUUGAAGUCAUAACUGAAGAAAUGUUGGAAAAUUCAGUCGCCAUCAGAUUCCGACAAGUCAGUCCAGAAGUGUUUGUUUUGAGCCACCGGAAGGGUUUUGUCCGAGCUGUCAGAAACGCGAUGAACUGUCGACUCAAAGACGUGAUUAUUAUCAGCGUCCAACCGUCAAGUGAUGAUGACAUUUCCCUCAGGUCGAAGCGAUAUAUCGUCAAUAAAGAUUUGGAUGUCCUCUUCACGGUCAGAAAACCGGACGAAGGCUUUUUUUCUUCUGAAUCCAUCAAGAAGGCUCUGAACGACAAUUUCGAAGAAUUGGAAGAAAGUACCAAACUCGUAGUUGAAGAAAUCAUCAGAUUCAAGUGCAGCAACACCUACUGUACCUUUGGAGUGUGCCAAGACCACUAUAUGCUAGACCCUGGUCGUGUAGACCCCGUUGCAACUGACGUCACAAGUUUUGUUUCCCCUUACCACCGCCAAAAACUCGAAUGUGUGUGCAAGGAAGGCUACGGUGGGGAGAAGUGCGAUACCAUCGUCAAUGAAUGUGCCCGUGAGCCUUGCCCUCCUUACAAAAACUGUGUCCCUGAUGCGUCCUCAGCUGGGUACUCUUGUCAAUGUCCCGAAGGUUUUGCUGGUGCUAUGUGUGACGUCGACAUUUCUAAAUGCCACGACCAGAAUUGCUACAUCGCGAGGAACCCCAUUUCGUUCAGUGGGAAGAGUUAUUCCCAGUAUAGAAUUAUAAACAAAAAGUCGAUCGAGGAUCAGUUGAGUUUGAGUUUAAGGAUUCGAACGGUGCAACCGACUGGGAAUCUGAUGUACGCCGCUGGGAAAGUCGAUUACAACAUUCUUGAAAUUGUGAAUGGUGCGGUUCAGUACCGGUUUGAACUUGGAAGCGGUGAGGGAAUUGUGAGGGAAUCUUCAGUGUACAUUUCAGACGGACGAUGGCACGAAGUUAAACUUGAACGCGACAGAAACAGUGCCAAAAUCACAGUCGACGGGUUACACACCGCGCAGGGCUCCGCCCCCGGAAUUUCCGAUAUCCUCAAUUUACAAAGUGACGAAAUGUAUCUCGGAGCUGAGGUGCACCAACACCCAUCUAUUUUGGGUUUUGAGGACAUCCAGCGUGGUUUCUCGGGAUGCAUGGACGACAUCCGCAUCUCACGAAUGUCAGUACCUUUGCACAAAUCCGGUGAUAACUCAGUCGCAGUUCUUAAACGUUUUGCCAACGUUGAAUUUAGUUGUGAUGUCAACAAUGUCUUAAUACCACCAGGCCCGUGUGGGUCUCAACCAUGCAUGAAUGGUGGUACUUGUCAUGAAACAACGACGGGUUAUGAGUGUAGUUGUCACACGCGAUUCACGGGAACUCUCUGCGAGUUAGAUAUGGAUCCUUGUGCGUCAGCUCCUUGUCUCAAUGGCGGUAAAUGUAUUUCUACAGUUCCGGGUGAUUACUCGUGUGAGUGUUUGUUCCGGUUGUCGGGAAAACGUUGCGAGUACGGAAAGUACUGUUCACCGAAUCCAUGCAAACAUGGCGGAGUGUGUGAGGAAGGGGAUGACCGAGCUUUGUGCAAAUGUCGGGCUUUCGUUGGCGAUUUCUGCGAGUUUGAUUUGAACGAAUGCGAGUCCUCACCGUGUCAAAAUGGCGGCACUUGUUUCAACGAUGUUGGAUCGUUCCAUUGCAUCUGUCCCCAAAACACAACAGGACCCUACUGUGGUAGCCAACUACACUCCACUUCUAUCACUUCAAGUAUCUACAAUAUCACCUGGGAGGAACUCGUGGCAAUUGCCGUGGGCAUCGUACUUAUUCUCCUUUUGGUGAUCCUCUUCAUCAUCUGUCGCAGAUGCUACACCAAACGUGCAAGACGUCGCAGAAAUAUUAACAAUGAGAACAUAAAAGACCACAUCGUGUUAAACUCGACGAGGCCUCAUGAGAUGAGCGAGUUUAAGAGAGGUUCAAAACUGAGUAAUUUAGAAGUGAAUCAGAGGGAGAUUCCCGUUUGUCCGCCACGGCCAGUCUCGUAUACAGCCACCAGUCAAAAUGAUGCCUUGUAUAAUUGUAAUAAUACGACCAUGAUGUUGAAUAAUUUAGAUACGUUGAGAAGUUACGGAUCGGCUGGGGAUGAACUUGAGAACGUUCCACCAGAUUAUGUGCGAAAUUUGAAUAGGAAUACGGGGCAAAAUUGUGUCUCAAAUCAUUGCGAGCCGGAGAAGACCACCUGGGCUGAACAGAUGCAUCUAGCGUCGAGUUUGAACGAUAAAUCCAAAGUCAAAAAUGACUACAAAAUAUCAAGUCCAGUUAAUUGUGAUGUUCCAAACAGACUGUAUGGAGGACGAAGUAAUACUAUGAACUAUGUCAAGUCGAACGGCUCGGUGUGUCCGGAAGAGGACCAACGUUCCGUUGGAAGUUAUCAUUGGGACUGCUCAGAUUGGGCGCGUCAUAGCCAAACACUGCCUAACAUAACGGAGGUACCAGGCAGUGAAAUACCUGAUUCCUCCAGCUUUCAUAGUAAUGAGAGUAACGAAUCUCGUUGCCACCAUCUUCCUCCGGUGCUGGGCCCACUUGACCCACAUCGAGACAUUGAGACACUCAAUGAAGAUGCCGAAUCGGAAUUCAUGGCUGACACUGAAUACGAUGUGCAUGGGGCGAGCCCCAGUCUCAAUGCUCUCGAUAGUGGAAACGAAGAAUUUCGAUUUACCACAGCGGAUAGCUAUAUACGUCAUCCCAACUCAUACCUUCCUAGCCAUGGGUACAAUAUUCCUAGCGAGUCGGAAGGCGAGUGUUUGCAAAGUCCCGGUGCAGAAUCGGACGAUGUUGAACCAUACGGCUUUCCCAGCAAUCGCAACCGAAGGAAAAACUGUGAUGAUGACAUUGGAUCUGUGAUUACGACUCUAGAGGAGAGGAAUUCUCUUUUGGGUGGUUAUGGGAGUAACAGCGACUUAUCGACAAAUUUGUGCGAAAUAGAAGACUCGGAAUGCGAAGCUGAACACAAGCCGUUGAAUUAUCUAGGAGGUGUUCAACAGACUUCGGUUUGACACGGAACCAAGUCGGGUCUUAUCAAGACUCGUUUUCCGGGAUAAUGUAGUAUUACUGUUGUACCUAUGAACUCCCGUAUAGCUUGAUGACUUAUAUGGCUUACUACUUGUACAGGUCGAUUAUUUUUCGUUUGGGACUUUUCGGAAUUGAGGAAGGUUGUUCGAAUGAUUUAUCAGCGUUUUGCAUAUCAAUAUUUUGUACAUACAAGAAAGAAUAUUUUUUAUAACAUUGGUUGAUUAUCACUAAUUUCAAUCGAGAAAAUCAUAAGUUUGAGGAAUCCCAGGAUGGAUUUUGACAGUUACUACUAGCCUGGACUUGCCAGGGAUUCGCUCCUAAUUAUGCAAUCGUGUAAUUUAAUAUUUUUUUUGUAUAAUAUAGUAAAGAAUUAUUUAAAGUAGGAAAUAAAAAUGUGCCUAAUGAUUUUGGGAGCUGAAAACAAAACUGACGGCAGCUCUAUUUUAAAAACUCACUAUUUAGGAAUAGUUUUUAUUUAAAAAAUAAUGUUACAAGACUCUGAUAUGACGUAACGAUAGUUGUAUUUUUUAUGUUUGGACAUUCUUUUUUAUACAUUGUGUAUGCAUGUGAUAUAAUGUUUAAUUCAGUUUGUGUGUCCCAUUUUAAUUCGAAUUUGUUUGCUAUAUGGUUUACAUAGGAAAUUGAAAUUUAUACCACGAGAACAAAUUUAUUACCAUUAUGAAAUAGAUUACGUAAUUUUUUAAAUAAAAUUUGAUAACAAAAAGCA